AUGCAAACAUCAAUAAAAGGCAAUAAUGAAUAUACAAUAAUUAAUAAUUUCAAAUUUUAAUUUACUAUUAAUGAAUUAACAGCGUCGACUUUCUCCAGCUCCUUAAAGUCCUAUCCAACGCAAUACCAUAAUCUCAUAACAUUCUAAUCGAUUUCAAUUCCUCUAAGUGACUCCAUCCACUCAUCCUGUGUAAUAUGUCCAAUUGUAGAAUUGUAAGAAUCCUGCAUUUAACAAUUAGACAAUGAACCAAGAUAAAUCUCUAGAGAAAGAGAGAACAAUCAAAUUCCCUACCAAUAAGUUUGUCCAAAGGGAUUUUAGAGUCUGAGAUUAUUGAGUCAGCCUGAUGGUAAUUCGAGUAAGUCACCAGUUGCUCCAGUUAUGUAAUCCUAACCAAAUAUCAGACCGAAUUAAAACUCUAAUUCUCUACAAUAAUACAUAGAUAAUGCUCUCAGAACCUAAAGAGAGGAAAUGCUAAAAUUAUUAGAAUAACAAAAUAAAUAGAUCGAUUAUAUGCAUUAAUAAUAGCAACUUAUCAUCUAAUAAUAAUAGUCGCAACAAGAAAAAAAGAAGGAGCCUGUUAAUAUUGAGUCGUAACUCAAUUAAGUGAAAGAACAACUCAAUUUUUAGAUUACUUAAACUUGCCAGGGAUAUGAUCCAUAAAAUACAGAAACAGGAACAAACAGACUUCAAGGCUUUGCAAGUGCAAAUAGAGAAGUUGAAAUCUCAACUCUAUCAAAUUAACCUAUCAACGAGCAAAUAGUCUGA